AUGACAGCGGACUAUGAAGAAAACCCUUUCGUGGAGGCACUACAAUCCGAUUCCCUCAGUGAACUCCUGCAGGACGAUGAGAAACGGUCCCUGGCGCAACAGUUUCAGGACAACUUGCGAACCCUGUCCGAUAUGUUUGUCAACCUUUCCGAGGACGAGAAGCGACAGUUUGCGAAAGAUUUUAAGGGCAAGUUUGUGAAAUCGUUAUCACAGUUGAACGAAUUUUCCAAGCAGAAGAAAGUCGUUCAAAGCACACUGGGGAAGGAUGAUGAACCAGGAACUGUGGUAGAAACGUUGGUCAGAAAAAUGCCCGGGGUAGAUAUACUAUGGACCGAACAGUUCGAACCAACGCCCUUAGGGUAUGGGCUUAUGGCAGGUGUGCUUACCCUUGUCAUUGCAUUCUUUGGCUACAAGCUGUACCUAUCGCUUACCGAGAAGGAACGCAAGCGCGAAGAAAAACUAAAGGCGAAACAGGAAAAAACCAAAAAGAAGAAAUGA